AUGAUUAUAAAUACUCGAAGUAGAGUAGUUCGAAGACAAUCACCUCCUUUUGGACGUUUAAAAGUACAAAAUGGAAGAUUAAUGAGUGAAAAAGGGAAAAUGAUUCAAUUGAGGGGAAUGUCUUUAUUCCAUAGCAAUUUACAAGAAGGCACUAUAUUUUACAAUGCGGAAACUGUUCGUGCAUUAAAAUGUAGUUGGAGAGCUAAUAUUGUUCGUGCCGCUAUGGGUGUCUAUAUGUUUAGUCCAGGGUACCUUGCAAACAAAAAUAAAGAAAAAGCAAAAAUAAAAGCUGUAGUGGAUGCAGCAAUUGCAAACGGGAUGUAUGUACUUGUUGAUUGGCAUUAUACAAGCGAUGAAAUAUUUGAAGAAGCGGCAAGACAAUUUUUUAAAGAAAUGUCAACAGAAUAUAGAGGGGUUCCGAAUGUUCUUUAUGAAAUUUACAAUGAACCGGUUAAAAAUUCUUGGGAUGUAGUCAAGAGAUAUCAUGAAAAAAUUAUUCAGGCACGUUAUUUAAAGAAUAAUAAAAUAUUUAUUAAAAAUGACAAAAAUAUUUUCGAUUCUUUGACAAGGAGAGGAGAGAGACAUUCAUUCGUAAUUCGAGCAAAUGACAAGGAUGCUAUAAUUAUUUGUGGCACUCCCUGGUACGAUCAAAAAAUUCUAGAUGCGUAUAGUAAUCCAAUUAAAAAUUACAAUAAUAUAAUGUAUACUCUCCAUUUUUAUGCAAGUGAAGGAGGGGCUGAUCAGCUACGUAAAGUUGUGGAAAUAGCACUAAAGAGAAAAUUUCCGAUUUUUGUUACUGAACAUGGUUUAACUUUGGGAACGGGUGAUGGCCCUAUAAACGAAAAACAGACAAAUCUUUGGUGGAAUUUACUUGACAAAUAUGGAAUUUCUUACAUUAACUGGUCUAUAUGUAAUAAAAAAGAAAAUAGCGCUGCUCUAAAGCCUGGAUCUACACCGAAGGAUGUUUGGAAAGAUUCAGCUUUAACCAAUUCUGGAAGAAUUGUUAAAAGAAUGUUAAGAAGUAAAAAUCCAGUUCCAGCUGGAUGUUAG